AUGUUGAUUGAAGGUUCAGGUGCAGGAUCUGGUGACGGCGUAGAGACCACUACUGAAACUGCUACAAGCACUAAUACACCAUCGUCUACAACCCCCAAUAAACCAACUCCUACAACAACCAUUAAACCAACGUCUACAACCACCAGUAAAACAAAUACUACAACCACCAUUAAACCAACCACAACACCAGAAACUGAAGAUUUUACUACGGCCGAGGACGCCGACGAUGGACCAAAUUUGGGUCUAAUUCUUGGCCUGACUUUUGGAUGCACUGCUGCUGUUGGCAUUGGCGCUUUCGGAGUUUGGUACUUCUUAUUCCGAAAGAACGUUGUUGAAGUUGCAGAUGUUGAAAUGGUAGAAAUCGAUGAGAAAAAAGAAGAGUCAGACGAUAAGACCGAGGACAAAGAAGAGGAAAGAGAGGAGACACAAACCAAAAAUGAUCAAAAAGAUGACUGA